AUGACUGGGCACAACAAGGUCAAGCGUUAUGAGUGUGACGUGUGUGGCAAGGCCUGGCAGCAGCCGAGCCGGCUGGAGGCCCACCGGCGGGUGCACACGAGAGAACGCCCCUUCGACUGCUCCACCUGUGGGAAGAGCUUUACACGGUGGUCGGGGCUGCACGAGCACCGGCGGGUGCACAGCAGUGAGCGGCCCUUCAUCUGCUCUGACUGCGGCAAAGCCUUCAAGUCGUCUCCGCAUCUGAAGAGGCACAGGCGCACCCACACCGGGGAGCGGCCCUAUACCUGCAGCGACUGCGGCAAGAGCUUUACCUGCUCCAGCAGCCUGCUGGUGCACAAGCGCAUCCACACCGGCGAGCGUCCCUACACCUGCGCCCAGUGCGGCAAGGACUUCAGCCGCUCCAGUCAACUGCUGGAGCACCAGCGCACCCACACCAGCGAGCGCCCCUACACCUGCGACCAGUGCGGCAAGGACUUCACCCGCUCCAGUUACCUGCAGGAGCACCAGCGCACCCACACCGGCGAGCGCCCCUACACCUGCAUCCAGUGCGGCAAGGACUUCAUCCAGUCCAGUCACCUGCUGGAGCACCAGCGCACCCACAGCAGCGAGCGCCCCUACACUUGUUCCCAGUGCGGCAAAAGUUUCUCGCAGUCCAGCAGCCUGAUGAGGCACCAGCGCACCCACACCAGCGAGCGCCCCUACACCUGCGACCAAUGCGGCAAGGGCUUCAUCCAGUCCAGUCUCCUGCGGCAGCAUCAGCGCACCCACACCGGCGAGCGCCCCUACACUUGCUCCCAGUGCGGCAAAGGCUUCACCCUGUCCAGCAGUCUACUGAAGCACCAGCGCACC